AUUGCUCGUCGCGAUCAAGUUUCAGUCUCCGGUGAUCUUUGAAUGGAUUAACACCUCCAAAAUUGUUAAGUGGUGAAAUUUGUGGGUAGACAACAAUGUCGCAAAAAUACGACGGGAGCAAAUUGAGUGAUGAAUUGAAGAAGAAAGCUUGGGAAAACUUGCGAGAGGAUGAAAAUCUGCGAUGCCAGGCUCUUGAACAGUUCAGAGAAUGGAUUACCAAGCACCCAAAGAUCAAGAAGUGUCGUAUGGAUGAUGUUUUCCUCUUGAGAUUCCUUCGGACAAAGAAAUUCUCUGUCCCGGAAGCUUGUCAGCUGCUCGAGAAGUAUCUCACAACGCGCAAAGUUCUACCUCAGCUUUUCGAUAACCUUUCACUGUCUGAUCCGGCUAUUCGUCAUUUGAUUUCGAGUGGCGGCGUCAUGCUUCUGCCAGAGCCGGACAAGCAGGGACGCCUUGUGAUCACAUUCGAUCCUGAGCACUAUGAUCCGAACAAGUACACGACUGUGGAUGGGAUCAGAGCCACGAAUCUGAUCCUGGAGCUGGCUAACCUCGAUGAGAGAUCUCAAAUCUGCGGCAUUGCUCAUGUCAUGGACUGGGCUAAGCUCACACUCCCUUUCAUGGGGAUGUGGACGGUCUCACAGACAAAGAACUUCACUCGUUGCUGGCAAAAAACCUUCCCAUUGCGUCAUGGAGCUUUUUUCUUCGUCAACAUGCCAGCCUUUUCAUUGGCGUUCUCGAAGCUCGUAAUAUCUUGUCUGAGUGAGAAGCUGAGAGAUCGAAUUUACAUGGUGAAGGACUGGGAGAGCGUCCAUGGCGACUUAGGUGCAUCGAUCUUGCCUAGCGAUUGCGGUGGGAAAGUUCCUCGUAAAGAGAUUGCAAAGAAAGUUAUUGAACUGGCCGAGAAGCACCGCGAAGAAAUUCUUGCUCUCAAUGACUUCGAUAUUGAUGUAUCUGAUGUUGACCUCAAUUUCGGCAACAGUUACGAUGCCGACCUAGACUCAGCGAUCGUCGGAAGCUUCAGAAAAAUCCAAGUUGAUUGACAUGCAGUAUUGUAUCAAUUGAACAAUUAAAAUGUAUCAGUAUUUUCACUUGGGACUGGAUUUGGUGCUGCGUGGAUGUCACAAAACAGAUAAUUAAUUACAAAUUAUAAAUGAGCUGGAAACAAGAGAACAUUUAAAAUUUUUGUAUA